GAGUGGGUUAGUAGGAGUGGCUGAGGCGCUGGCAGUCUGCUUUGCAUGAGUCGUGGACUCCCAAGUUUUUAGUGGCUGCAGCUGAGAUAUUUCCUGUCAGCUGCACACAGCCGAGGCGAGGGCGGAGGAGACGAGGAGAGGGAUGGCAGAGAACAGCUCCGAGACAAGCAGCUCCGCUCACCGGAGAUGUUUGGCCCAUUCUCCGGCGGAGAGAAGCACUUCAGCCGGCAUGGGGUCAUCGAAGUGGAUUCGGCUGAACGUCGGGGGAACGUAUUUUUUAACAACGAGACAGACGCUGUGUCGAGAUCCCAAAUCCUUUCUGUACAGACUGAGCCAAGCUGACCCCGAGCUCGACUCCGACAAGGAUGAAACUGGUGCCUAUCUCAUAGACAGAGACCCGACAUACUUUGGGCCGGUGCUGAACUACUUGAGGCACGGCAAACUGGUGCUCAACAGGGACCUGGCAGAGGAAGGCGUGCUAGAAGAAGCCGAGUUCUACAACAUCACAUCAUUAAUAAAGCUCCUCAAGGACAAGAUCAGGGAACGCGACUGUAAAACUUCACAGGUUCCAGUGAAGCAUGUGUACCGGGUGCUGCAGUGCCAGGAGGAGGAGCUGACACAGAUGGUGUCCACCAUGUCCGACGGCUGGAAGUUCGAACAGCUUGUCAGUAUAGGUUACGGGCGGGCCCACCAGUCAGAGUAUCUGCUGAUUGUGUCAAGGGAGGUGAAGGGAGAGGAGUCUGCUUUGCCAAACAACAGCGGAGAGCUGGUCAGCAUAGGCUCCUCUUACAACUACGGAAACGAAGACCAGUCCGAGUUCCUGUGCGUAGUCUCCAAGGAGCUGCACAAUCAAUCAUACGGGACAAACAGUGAGCCCAGUGAGAAGGCCAAGAUCCUUCAGGAGCGGGGUUCCCGGAUGUGAAGAGGACUCAGUAUUAUGAGCUCCAGGUGUUAUGAUGCUCACAUAUCAUCUCUGUGGAAGAACGUUUGGCAAGAUGGAGAUUUUGGAGACGGGGAUCGUGCAUUUAUUUUGUGUUUUCCCUCCAUUUGAGUUUUUAUCUCUUGAUGUAAAUAAGUCUGUUUACUGACAAUUUGUGCCUGUACAUUUAAACUGGACCUUCUUUUUUUUGAAUUAGCGGCAAGGUUUUUUUUUUCCUAAUUGAGAGUAAAGUAUUGCUAUCUUCAAAUGUUUUAUGCUAUAAAAACGUGGCCGUCAUCAUAUAAGGCCAAUGAUUCUCUCAGGGUCAUCAAUUGAGUUAAUUCUUAUAUCCUCCUACUCAAGGGUCUGCUAAGGGAUCAGUACGGUCUUUAUAUCUACAGAGUAUCAAAAUCAUUGUUCACAGAUGUUAAGAAGGGAAUUGUGCAUUUAUCUAGCGCAUGUGAAAGAGUUAAGCUAUCAAAUGUCAAAUUCACCCCAUAGAAAACCAAUACUUUCUCAAACAGUUAAACUGAGAUUUGUGAUCAUGAGGAUCUCAGCUGUACAACACACACCUUUCCAGAUGCAUUUGAAGCAUUUCACUUUGAUUUCGACAUUGAUUUACUAUCAAAGCUGAACACACACGUCAGUGAUUACAUACCGUAGGUUAAGGGGCAUUAGGUUAUUCAUCAAUUGCAAGUGACCUGUAAAGAAAACGUAUGAAAGUCCCGUUUCAACAUAGACUUAAUAAGGUUCUUUUAGCGAUACAGCAGAAUAUCUGAUGCAAAGUGCUUCUUCAUUGUUAUUUUAUUUCUGGAAAAGUAAAUGUGUGAAGCUGUGUGUGUCACCAUGCACUCUAUCUUGCAAUCUUAGUAACAAUAUGACCCACAGAUAAGGCCAGUGUGCUGUGGGAGUAAAUAAUUACGUGUUCAGGAAGUUUACCUGCCUGUGUUAUAAGGAUAAGUAUUGGAUAUACAUUUAACACAAACAUAUUCUUUCAGAGUAAGAUUUCUGCAGCCUCUGCAAAUGUGGACUUUUAGAAGAGGUAAUAUUGCUCUAUAAAUCUAAAGAUAAAACUUCCAGACAUCUUUCUUUACUCCUCAUGUUCAUAAGUCAAAGUUAACUGCCAAAAUAGUCAGACGUGUUUAAAAUGUGAGUUCUGUUUUACAAUAUUAUUUGUCAGGAAAAACCAAGACAAGUGUGGUGGUCCCCCCCCCCCCACCACACACACACACUUUAAUGUUUCCCUAACUGGUUUAUUUUAUAUGUUUGAGGGAACACAAGUUUAUCAUUCACGGGGAAGUGUUAGUGGUGGUGGUGGGGGGGGACAGGAACUGCUCGGAGGCAGUGGUGAAGGACUUUGAUUUUUCUGUUCAUAUCCAGAGGAUUUUUGUUUAGAUGUAAAUAAUCCAAAUUCAAUAUUAAUAUUUAACUCUUUAAAGGAAGAACUGCACGUUUUGUACACUGUAUAGAAAACACAACUUGGAACGGAAGUUGUUUAUACUGGAUCUUUAAGAAAAAUGAGAAAACCGUGACAAUGUCGACUUUGCAUUGUUUGUACAGGAGAUCUCUGAGCAAGGUGUCUUUCACUGAUAACAUGCCUGGAUCAUGUUUUGAUAACCAAUAACAAAGCUAUACUUGGCUGGCUAUGAAGUUGACUGUUACAUUUAAGAAAAAAAAGACUCCUGUAUUUUUCCUGCAUUGUGAUAGAUUCUUCUAAGCAUUUUGAAAUGUGUAGAUUUCAUACACAGCAUUACAAGCACUACAGUGUCAAAAACCAACACUGUGCACAUUGCUUACAAGCCUGUAAUGUUGUAAAUGUAAAUACUGCAUUUUAGAACACUUUUUUUUAUAGAAAGUUGUUUUCAGGUUUGAUGUGUGGUUUUUGAUAGGUUGGAUAUUUCAUUCACAAAUAAUCAUUUAGUGUUGCCUUCCCCCCCCCCCCCCCCCCCAAUGACCAAAAUCCAAUGUCUUAUGUGUAUCGAACACAUUGAUCUAUGUGUCAGGGACGAGUAGACUUUUCUUAACGCUGGCACACUUUGUACAUAUAGACUUGUUAACUACACACAAACCUCCAUUUACUCACAUGUAGACGUAUACACUUGACUAAAACAAUUUUUAUAUUGUCGGGGAAACAAGUAUGGAUGCAUGUUUUUGAUAUAGAUAUACACACAAACACACACAAGGGCUUUUAAAGUGCAACGUUUGACAUCUGCAAAGAGUUUUAAUCAAAGUAGACUGGAUUUCCUGCCAGAGCUAGGCUAUGUUUACAUUUGCUAUAGUAUUCUGAAGCCUUCCAAUUAUGUACUGUCUUGCACUCCCUCACACACAUUUGUCUGACUUGUGAGGCUGCACCAACGGAAACUAGUACUCCACUCGAGCUGAUAUCCACACAGACGACUCCAUACACUUCUGAACAUCCUAUGCUGGAGCGUUGCAGACAAUCUUGCUUUCCACCCUCUCGGAUGUUAGAGAUUCUCACCUUUUUAAGCUCUGAGCAAAGGUUAAGUGGGUCUUUUGAGACUUUUUUAUUUUAUGCGAUGAGAUUUAAAGUGUUUUUGUGUUUUGGUUUGAUUGGUUAAGAUGUAACUUCAUUUGAGGUGUUUAACAGCUACAUUACCUUAUAUUGCCCUUCACGAACAGGUUGUCUGGUUCAGCAUUUGGCAUAGAUAAUCAUUCCAUGUGAUGGACAAACUUAUCAAAUCUGUAGCCUAAUACUUAUAAGUGCCCAGUUUGUUUUGCAUUCAAGUCAUAUUCCACAGACCACUGUAAUGCAUGAUUGGAGAUGAUCACACUUGUAAUCAGAGGGAAUGAAUGUGUCAUUUUUCCUCAAUCUAGCAAUUACAUCGAUGAAUAAGGUUCUCAUAUCACUACAUAGAUCACUAUUCUAUAUGAUCUUAUGCAAUGUUAAACAUGUACAAACUAAGUAUGAGAUUAAGGGGAUAGAUCUAUAUGGUCUUGCAUAAAUUAAACCCAAUAAAAUGUUGUCAUUCAGAAUGUUA